GCUGCUUCAAUUCAUUUCUUUCUUUCUUUCUUUCUUUCUUUCUUCCCAGAUUUGCAAUUCUCUCUGAUUUGAAUCUGAGAAUUGAAGAAUUCUGUAAGAAAAAAGAGACAGGAGCUUUAUUAAUCUGUGAUUUCGUCGAAUUCAGGCACAAGUCCCUGUUGAUCUGACCAUGGGAAGAGGAAUAAUUUUGAUCCUGGAAUUAAAGAUGAACAGUCCAUUUCUGUUGGAUUCAUUUGCAGGGAAAGUGUUUUUUUCCCCCAAAUUGUGCAGAAAGAUAAACCCUAAUUAGAGAUCGUUACGUUUCCCAAUGGCCAGGUACCACUCCCAGUCUAGUCACUUUCUUUCCUUUCUGUCCCUCUAAUUUUAUCUUAUUUUUAAUUUCUCCCCACCUUCUUCCACCUCCAAUUUCUUGCUACCUGUUUUCCGAUUUGCCCUCUUCUUAAUUCUUACAACUCAUUGGUUUGUAACAAACUCCUGCACUAGAGGACACCCCCCCUCCCACCCACCCACCUACCUUAUUACACCCCCACCCACCCUACCCAUGAUGCAAUUCACUGCAGAAACCUUUCAUCAAAACCCUCCUUUCUCAGCUGCUUCCAUGAACAAGAACUUGCAGGCUCUCCGGUCCAGGCCCUGGCCGGGAUUUCCGACGCCGAAAUCGAUCGGGAGCUUUGGGGACGCCAAUUGUAUGGAGCAAUUGCUGGUGCACUGCGCCAACGCCAUCGAGACCAACGACGCCACUCUGGCGCAGCAGAUCUUAUGGGUUUUGAACAACAUCGCGCCGCCGGACGGCGACUCGAACCAGCGGCUCGCCGCCGGUUUUCUCCGGGCGCUGAUUUCCCGAGCCGCUAAAACCGGCAACUGUAAAAUGCUCACCGCCGUGGCUAACGUCCACGCCAACGAUCUCGCCAUGGAAACCCACAGAUUCUCCAUUAUUGAGCUCGCGAGCUUCGUCGAUUUGACGCCGUGGCACCGGUUCGGGUUCACGGCGGCGAAUGCCGCCGUGCUCGACGCCGCGGAAGGCUCGCCGGUGGUCCACAUCGUCGAUUUGAGCCUGACUCACUGCAUGCAGAUCCCAACCCUAAUCGACUCCAUAGCCACCAGACUGGAAGCUCCGCCGCUGCUGAAACUCACCGUCGCCGACACCAUGGAAGACCUUCCACCAAUUCUCGACCUCUCGUACGACGAAUUAGGGUCAAAAUUGGUCAAUUUUGCUCGAUCGAGAAACGUCGCCAUGGAAUUUACUGUAAUUUCUUCAACCUACUCCAAUGGCUUCUCUUCUAUAAUCGAUCAGCUUCGAAUUCAGCAAUUACUGAGCUCGGAAAACAGCGAAGCCCUAAUUAUCAAUUGCCAUAUGAUGCUCCAUUACAUUCCCGAAGAAAUCCUCCCCAAUUCAUCGUCCUCCAUUGACAACACCUUAAUCCCAAACAACUCUUCUCCCCGGACAAUGUUCCUGAAAGCAUUGCGAAGCUUGAAUCCGGCGCUGGUCUUGGUCGUCGACGAGGACGCCGACUUCACAUCGAACAAUCUGGUGACUCGAUUGAGAUCUGCUUACAAUUAUUUAUGGAUUCCGUUCGACACAGUGGACACAUUUCUGCCGAGAGGGAGCAAUCAGCGGCAAUGGUACGAGGCCGACAUUUGCUGGAAGAUCGAAAACGUGGUUUCGCACGAAGGAUGUCAGAGAGUGGAGAGGCUGGAACCGAAGAGCAAAUGGGUGCAGAGAAUGCAAGGCGCGGGCUUCAGAGGAGUGGCGUUCAGCGAGGACGCCAUUGGAGAGGUGAAGAGCAUGCUGGACGAGCACGCGGCAGGCUGGGGAAUGAAGAAAGAGGAAGACGAUCAUCUUGUUCUUACAUGGAAAGGGCAUAAUGUGGUUUUUGCUACUGCUUGGACACCUCUUUGAUUAGUUUAAGGUAGCUGAUUUAAGUUCGAAUCUUAAUUAUAUAUUAUUGCCAGAAAUUCAUAUCGAUCAGUUUUAAUUUAGCUAUAUAUAGCAGCAUAUAUAUAUAUAUAUAUAGGUUGCUAUUUUUACCAUCAUCCAUGGCGGACGUUCGACUGAUCAGUUCUACAAAAUGUACUGAUUAUUGUAGUGUGGGUAUGGAAAUUUUCGUAAUCAUCGUCUUCUUUAACUUUU